CUCUAAUUACACAACUGAUUGGGCCAGCUGUUCUCGGUCACCUCAUUUUUGUUUUCCUUGCUUUUAUUUAUAAUAAUUAACCAAAUACACAGACCGCCAGCUGGAUGUAUCAAUAAAAGAAUGUGUAAUGGAGACGCUGCCAUGUGCCAGCCAACAGCAACAGCAGCAACAGCUCGGAAAUCUCAGCAUGGACUCGAGUCUGGGCGAUAAUGUGGUCAGCAUACCCAAAGAACUGAUUCUACUAUCGCUCGUCUCCCAACAGCAAUGCCUGUACAAUCCCAAGCACCCGCACUACCGCAGUACAAAGAGCAAGGAUGAGAAAUGGGCCGAGAUUGGCGGUCAAGUGGGUUGGUCAGACACACAAUGCAAGGGCAAAUGGAAGGCCCUGAGGGAUCAAUACUGCCGAGAGCUGAAGCGCGCCAAAUCCUGUGCCAAAGCCGUCAAGUGGAAAUACUUCAAGGAACUUGACUUUCUGCGUCCAUAUGCGCUGGCGCGAAACUAUCGGGGAAGAUGUGGACAGAAUGCCAAUGGUAUUGUGUCCACAGUGGCGCCCUUGACGCUGCCCAUCAACAACUCGUUUAGCAGCAACAGCAGCAGCAGUCAGAACCUGCAGCUAACCGGCAGCAUUAAGAUCGAAGAUGCCACGGCAGCCACUCUCCUGGACAACUGCAGUAUUGUUCAGUUUCUGCAACAGCAUGUGCCAUCUACAACGUCGUCUGGGGCUGGGGUCGUCACGACGUCCACCGACAAGAAGUCCGGAUCAGCUUUCAUUGCCAAUCACAUAAACAAUGUCCUGCAGCAGCAGCCAGGAAAUAACUGGAGCUACCUGACCGAUGCAGGAGGCGGAUCGACUGCGCCCAGCAUGGUGCAGUGCGGCGCGCAGAAUUCCACCACGGUUGUGGAGAUUGUCGACUGUGUAAAUGCCACAACAAAUCAGUCAAACUCUGCGGCUACAACAAAGGCAGCCACAGCAGCGGCGACAACGUCGACGACGAACGCCGAGGAGGAAGAUGAUGAUCCCAUACACACGUUCCUCAAUAUGGAAAGCUAUUUCGAGAAAGAACUGAUUACGCUGAUACAGCAGGAGGAUAUGAUCUACAACUAUGGCAAUGAGAACUAUCGCAAUGCCAAGCUAAAAAUGGAAGUGUGGGAGGAGAUAGCUCGCAAACUAAAGAAGUCGGUGAAACAGUGUCGGCUCAAGUGGAAAGCCUUGCGGGACCAAUACGCACGCGAGCACAAACGUCUGAGGACCCUGAUGCAAAUAGAGGCCACAUCGCGAUGGAAGCACUACGAUACACUCAGCUUCCUGCAGAAGUACAUACAACAAAAGUCGCUUGAGGGAGAUCCUCCACUCAGUAUGCUGCUGCCCAAGCAUGAUCUAGAGGAGCAUCUGGGUGGUCAUGACUCCCAUUCUCCGCCGACACAGCAAAGCACCAUGGAAACGUCUUCGGCUAGCUCACAGCUUAACAUGCCCCUGCCAACCCUGACGGGUCCACACAAGUCCGAGCUGACCAAUGCGUUGCGAGAGCAGCAGCAGCAGCAGCAGCAGGAGGAGCAGAACCAGCAGGCCAGGGAGCUUUGUGUGGCCAGCUACGAUGACAUGGACAUUGAGAACUACAUAAAUGGCGAUGCGCACCACAAUGACGAGGACGACGACGAUGAGGAUGAGGAGAUGGAGAGCACAACGGUGCCAGAGGCGACUACCCAGCAACAAGAACAACACGUGGUGGGCUAUGACCAUGAGGAAGGGUCCGUCUACAUGGCCGUUCAGAGUGUUGGCAAUGGCCUGACCAAACAGGAGCAGCUCAACGAUGCCCCGAAUAAUCUGGAGCAGCUGCAAUCCGCUGGUGGCUAUCAGCAGAAGCUGGACGUUGAAACGCCCACAACUCCACGCUAUCAGAACGCUGCAACCACACCGUGCUCCACGCCAACAUCGCGCUAUUACGCCAAUCAAAUCUCACCCCCCAAGAGCGGACAUCUGGAGUUUGCAGCCAGCAGCAGCAACGGCGAGGAGGAUGAAAUCGGUGCCUUCUUCAAGGCAGUCGCAAUGAAGAUUCGCAGUGCUCACAUGGAUCCGCUGGCCUUUACAGAUCUACAAAUCGAUAUACUCCGUGUCAUCAAUGAGGCACUGCGAAACCACUAGGAAGAGACAGAGAGAGAGAGCGAGGCGGAGACCAUUGCGGACCAUUUACGGUUUCAGGACGUUUCAGUUUAAUUGUAGCUCCUAAGUGUUAUUUGAAAAGUGUUUUUUUCUAAUUUAUAGUAGAGUUGAUAAUUUCGUAAACUUCUUUAAUAUUAUUUUGUGAACCGAAAACCUUUCAAGCAAAACGCCAAACGGCAGACGAUCCAAGAGCUACGAAUGUGUUUAAUGUAUUGUAAAUAGUCAGAACAAAACCAUAAAUACGAGUACCAGUAAUGUUUAAUAGCUUGGGAGGAUGCUUCCCUUCCGGUAGUUAGCCACGCAAAACCGGAACUAAAAAAUAUUCUGAUUUACGAGUAUAUUUGUAACCAAAUACAUUGAUUGUACGCCUAGCAAUGGCCUACAAUAGCAAACAAAAACAUAAAAUAUAUAUUU